GCCUGCGCCCCGCUGAUAGGCAAACAGAGCAGCUAUUGUUAGCUGCGGACUGAAGUCUCCAGCAGGUUGUGUCAGAGUUUAUCCCACACUCACCACCUUCCUACCUGUUGAAUAUUCACUACACCUUUUUUUGUUUUACAAGAGCCUCUGUCGAAGAACAAAGCUAAUCUGUGUGGGGCAGGUGAGGAGAGGGAAAAGUGGAAGGAAGGAAGACAGGAAAUCUCGGAGGAAAGAAGGAAGUAAACACGACCGUUGGAGGACUCAACAGGUUCAAAUGUUAUAACAACGGACUUUUUAUUAACUUCCGACGUCGAAAAACGUACUAAAACAACUAAAAAGAUGCCGUUGGGACCAUGGAGGAAGAAAAACAAGUCGACGAAGGAGCAUUUGGUAGAAAACGAAGAGGUCGGCAGCGGACACGCAGGUGCUGGGAGCUUGGCUAAUAAAUCCUCGGUGAAUGGAGCAGGUCUACCGCCUCCACCGGCCAACCUGAGGCCCAAACUGGUGUUCCACACGCAGCUCGCGCACGGGAGCCCCACCGGCAGGAUCGAGGGCUUCGCCAACGUCAAGGAACUGUACGGGAAGAUAGCAGAAGCCUUUAAUAUCAGCCCACCUGAGAUCAUGUUCUGCACCCUCAACACUCACAAGAUCGACAUGGACAAGCUUCUGGGGGGCCAGAUCGGCCUCGAGGACUUCAUCUUCGCCCACAUUAGAGGGAUCAAGAAGGAGGUGGAGGUCCAUAAAUCUGAAGAUGCUCUGGGCCUCACCAUCACCGACAACGGAGCGGGAUACGCUUUCAUAAAG